AUGUCGAGACCCAAGAAGAGUUCAGCCACGAACAAGGCGCCGCGGAGAGAUCCCUUGGCUUCCUUGAAGCUGGCCGAUAUUGUCAUAUCAAAACCAAUUCUCCCCGCAGAGAUUCUGGCUACUAUCGUUGAUUACCUCGAUGUCCCUGAUCUAUUACGGUUCGCUCGGGUGUCGCGUCGGAUGCAUGAGAUGGUCUACGAUGACGCCAGAUGGAUCAAGAGAUUGAGGAGAAUGGGCUGUUGGAACGAUGCAGAAGCGAGGACGAGAGCCGAGCCGCCCAAAAUACCAGCGACUUCGGGCCGCAGACAAAGCAUGCUCGAUCGCGGUCUUGUGAAUGGAAAAGGCAGGCCGGAAGUACUUUUUGAGGUCGACUCCUCCCCCACUCCACGGCGGCGCCCGUCCAACUUGCUCUCACCUCUACGAGCCCGACCGGCUGCGACUGAUGGAUUUGAUGUGGCAGAAUUGGCAAACAUUAGGGCGGGUGCGGCUACAGAACGGUCGGUUGACCGCGAUGCCGCUCUGUCCGUGUUUGAACACGUCAGAUCCAUCCGAGGACAGGCUAGACAAGAAUACGGUAAGAUAUACAAGCUACUGGCCCCCUACUACAUCGACCUGCUUUCCUCCUCCAACCCCAUGAACAGCCGGAUCUUCGGGGAUUUUGGUGCGCCGGAGCAACAGGCACAACUUCUGGCCCAUGUCCGAAGGUUUUCUGCAAGCGAUUUCUCUCCCGGCUCUGAUUAUCGAGAAAAGCGACUGGCGGAAGCGGUCGAAAUGUUCGAUACAGCAGCUUUGCUUGAAUUCCGGCGAGGUUAUGAAUACAAGGAUAUCCAAAGCAAGAUGCGGCUAUACGCCAGAGUUAUGUACAUCCUAAACGGUGGCAAAAGUGGUGUCGACCUUUUCUUAACCGACAACGAUCUCAUGACUCGGAAAGCAGCGCUCGGCACCGUUUCGGACUGUGUCGAUUACGCUUCAGGCCAUGGUCAACUUUCCCUGGAGAAGGUGCAGGCCUUCUUUGAGAGACUGGGAGAUGCAUUCAGCCGCGAGAAGGGCAUUAUCGAGGCCGUAUUUCCAAAUGCGAAAGAUGUCGCCCUGCUCUUCCUCGAGCAGGUGGCCAAGGAUGUUCUCUUGCCAUUUUUGUCUUCUUUGUUCGCAGAUGCACAGGUUCGUGGGACGUCUGUUUAUCUCCGCAUCGUGUCCGGAACUUUUGCUGCUACCAGGCAGUUCAUUGAGACUGUGGCGUUGCCCAGCGGUGUUGACGACGAGGCUUUAUCUCGAUCGACCACCGUCCUGGGCGAGCUUUUCGGUCCUCAUCUCGAAACUUACCUUGCUGAAGAGUUGAACUCCUUCCGCCGCAAGGCAGAUUCGGAGGUCGAACAAUGGGAUCGAGCAUUAUCAGAACAAGCAGCUUCCACCGAGAGUUUCCUCAUGUCCAACGUCAAUCGCCAAGCUGACAAGAAAGAUUUCAUGUCCUCAUUCAAAAAGGUAGUCAUGAUGCCCGUCAAUAUCCUGCCCAGUUUUUCGGGUCCUUCCAACAAUAAGACUGCGGCGAAAGCGCUCGUGAACGGCGACGUUGUCGUGCCAUCACGGCCUUCUACCCCUAGUCUACGAGAUUCAUGGACCGCAACCUCCUCCCUGCCGGCCGAAGCACCCACCACCGAAUUGGCGGCCAAAGCUGCUCUCAUGGCUACUAGGCUGGAGAACAUACGAUCUCUUUUCUCCAUCGAAGUGGCGCUGAAUCUUGUUCAUGCGGCCAAGGCUGCUCUCGAACGGACCGCUCAAUUCAUUUCCUUGGGCGGCGAAGUAGGUGAUUCAGCACGCAAUCAAUGUUCUGCCAUUUUCAUCACGCUCCUCCAUGCGGUCGGUGUCCGUCACGUCAAAGCCGGAUUCGACAAGGCCAUUGAGCAUCUUUCGCUCUACAAUCCACGAGAAGCAAACCCCGACGCCGAGUCGACGUCGCGAGUGCAAGUGGCGCCUUUGGUCACUUUCCUCGAACUGGUGAACGUGGGCGACCUGAUCCAGCAAAUGCUUGACGUCUUCUACGAGUCGGAGCUGGUGCGUCUGCGCAUCUCCAACCGCGACGACUUCCUCGACGUCAAUGUGAAGGAGAAGAAGAAAUUCGAAGCCAUGCUCGACGAACGCGUGGCUGCAGGUAUGGGCAAAGGCAUUGAUGUCCUCAUGGAUGAAGUGGAAUUCAUCUGCGCGACAACGCAACUUCCGACCGACUUCUAUCCCGAACUCGCCAGCGCCGGUGGUGCGGACGGAGGUGCGACAGGGGGAGCCAAUCCAAUGGUUUUCGACUUCUCCGGCCAACCCACGGCGACGGCGUCUCGUGUGAUACAGCUUGUGUCACAGCAUACAAGCAUGCUCACGGGCGCGACCGAGAAGACGCUGCUGGACGUCUUCACCACCGAGGUGGGCCUCCGGCUCUUCACCACGUUGACCAAACACAUCAAACGGCAACGGAUUUCGACGCUGGGUGCUCUGCCGCUCCUCUCUGACUUGACCGCGUAUGCGAAUUUCGUGGCCGGGUUCAAGAACAACGACCUGACGUCGUAUUUCUCGGCACUACGCGAGGUGGCGCAGAUCUACCUGAUUGGAGGCAAGAGCGAGCGGGACGUCGCGGAGAUGGCGACCAUCAUCUCAGAUGGCGAGCGAUACAAGGGCGUCUUCACCGUAGAGGAGGUGGUCGAGUUUGCCGAGAGACGGAGCGACUGGCUGUUGGUCAGGAGCAGGGUUGAAGGCAAGGUUAGAGGCGAGGGGUGCGUCCUCAUGUGA